AAAUAAAUAAUUAAAAAUGGAAAACAUCCGCUUUGUCUAAUUUCAUAUAUAAGACCAAAUCUCCAUGACACGCAAAUUCCAUCCUAGAAGAAGCUUUAGCUAAAUAGCUAGCUAUGAGAUGAGAGGAGGCUCCACUGUGUCUGUCCUACCACUACAAUCUACAACUCCGCAUUUCCACUUCACUCCUCGUAUUACCACUAUCUAUCUAUAUAUAUAUAUAUAUAAACUCCACCCCCACGCCCCUUGGUACCACUUUACACUUUCACGUCUUAUUACAGUUACAACUUAGGUACGGAUUACCCGCCAAAAAAUCCUCUCUCUCCCUCUCUCUCUCUCAGCAGACAUGGCUCGUGCACCUAGAUUUCUCGGCUCCUUCAACUCAUCUUCAUCUUCGUCGGCGGCAGCGGAUCCUCCGGGACCGGUGGCUGGGGAGUCAGACCUGGUGGUGAUCCUGGCGGCGCUGCUGUGCGCCGUAAUCUGCGUCAUCGGCCUCAUCGCGGUGGCGCGCUGCGCCUGGAUGCGGCAAAACACGGCGUCCUCCAGCGCCGCCCCGAGCAAAGGCCUGAAGAAGAAGGUGCUCCAGGCGCUGCCGAAGUUCACCUACGACGAGGCGGCGGCAGCGGCUGGCCGAGGCGGCGGAGGGGCGGAAUGCGCGAUAUGCCUGGCGGAGUACGCUGAGGGUGACGAGAUCCGCGUGCUGCCGCAGUGCGGCCACGGCUUCCACGCCGUCUGCGUCGACACCUGGCUCGGAUCGCACUCGUCCUGCCCGUCGUGCCGCCAGAUCCUCGUCGUCUCGACCAGGUGCGGCAAGUGCGGCGAGUUCCCGGCGCCGGUGGUUUCCACGGAGGCGGAGCUGAAGGCGAGAGAAGAGGCCGGCGGCUCGACCAGUGGUUUCUUACCGUUUUAAUCGGCCAAUCGGAAACUAACACCGGAUCCAAUUAUGAGACUAGGAGUGGAUCGGCCGGCCCGUGACAGCAAAGGGAAGCAAAGUAAUUCCGUUUCCAUGUGUUGCUUCAGCUCUGCUUUUGUCUGGUACUUGCAGUUGCAGAGGACUCCCUGUAAUUGUCGCUUCUCUCUCUCUCUCUCUCUGUUUUUUUUUUUUUUUUAUAUUUUUGUGUACAGAGAUCACCUUCAUUUGGUAGAUGAGAAAAACGGGAACAGUUGGCUUUUUUUAACUUCUUCCAGUGAAAUUAAUUCCGACUACAGUUGCAGGGGAUAACGGGACAUCAUCCGUAGCAGCCUUUUGAUAAUUUUUUGCACAUAAUCCUUCUUUCCCCUGCGGUUCCUUCAUAAUUUCCUAGCAU